UCAAAUCUUUAUUAAAAUACCAAAUAUGUCAUUCUUAACAACUUUGUCAAAUUCAUGCACUCUCCAAAGUAGUUUAUUUUGUGCACAAAAACCAAAUCCAUUAUCACUAAGGACAUCAACUUUACCAACCCAAGUUGGUAACAAAAUUGUUUAUCAACCUCUAAAGCAUAAUAAAGUGUUUUCGCCAAAUAGAUGUGUUGAGAAAAUAAAGGCAUCACUCAAGAAUGUUGAGGUUUUCAGUAAGGAACAUCUUGCUGUGUCCUUGGCCUAUGAUGUUGCUCAACUUUCUACCAAGUUUACCAAAGAAAGAGGUGCUUUCACUGUUGCUUUGUCUGGUGGAUCAUUGAUCAAGUACCUUAGGAAAUUGGUUGAUUCUCCCUAUGCUAAAACCAUAGAUUGGUCAAAAUGGCAUGUUUUCUGGGUUGAUGAGAGAGUUGUCCCAAAGGAUAACUUAGAAAGUAAUUAUAAGCUUGCCAAAGAUGGAUUUCUCUCCAAGGUGCCAAUUCCCUCUCUCAAUGUUUAUUCUAUUGAUGAUUCCCUACCACCUGAUGAUGGAGCAGCAGCAGCAGCAGAUGCUUAUGAGACAACCCUAAGACGCUUGGUUACUAGCAAUGUGAUAGCCUCAACCAAUGAUGGGUUACCAAAGUUUGAUCUCAUGCUCCUAGGAAUGGGUCCGGAUGGACAUGUUGCAUCAUUAUUCCCAGGUCAUUCUCUUCUCAAUGAGGAUCAGAAAUGGGUUUCUUUCCUCAAUGACUCACCAAAACAACCACUAGAGAGAAUCACUUUCACAUUUCCAGUGAUCAAUGCUUCUUCCAAUGUAGCAAUGGUGGUUACCGGCGCAGGUAAAUCAACUGCGGUUUACACUGCACUCGAAGAUGAUGCGAAAACGGUUAAGCUGCCUGUUGAAAAGGUUUCACCUUAUGAAGGAGAAUUGAAAUGGUACUUAGACAAAGGUGCUGCUUCAAAACUGUUUAAGGAGUAGAAGCAUAUACCAUGAUACACAUGCAAAUAACAAUUCAUUAAUACUAUGUUAUAUUUGUUUAAAGAUGCAUUUUGAGUCAACUAGGCAGGUUUCUAGAUCUUUGGAAAAGUAAAGAUAUGUAUUGUUUGUCCUUGAAAGACUAUUCAUGGCAUUACUUACUAAAUAUUUAUAAGUCAAGAAAUAAUAAAAGCUUUGUUCUCUCUGGUAAA